UAACCAGCAAAUAGUUCGGCCAGGCUAAACCUCUUGGGAACCCCCUGGUUGCCGUAUCUUUCUCGUCCGGUCGUCCAGAUCAUCGUGCUGUGUCUUUCUUCCUCAGUUCCUCAUCCUGUUCCUUGCGUGGCGUGUCUCUGUUCAACCCGCUCCUCAGACCUCGUUUGUCCCCCCCGGGUGUCUGCAUUCCACCGCUCCGUGGCAUUCUCCGCUCUCUCUUGACCGGUUCGUGAAACACAGACCUGCCAGCCUACCAGGUCCGCCAUUCCGGUUCGGCGCCAUGUCAUCCACACCCACUUUUAAAGGAACCAUUAGCCACAAGACUGUCGGUAGAGGCAGGCUGCCCGACUUUGACAGUCACAUUCCUCGUCCUCGCCCCGACACUUCCUCCACGAUUAACACCCCCCAGACUGCCUCCAGCGACAUUGGGAGUUCCACCAUGAGUGCCGCCAGCAGCCGUCAGAGGCAAAACCAGUCCAAGCGCGAUGAGGCUAUUCGUCGAAAAUUGGAGGCCGACCUCAACAAAAAGAGACAUGUCCCGGCACGAGCAAACCGCUCCCGCAAAGCUCCCCCCGGUACCGUCCUCGCCUUGAAGCCUAGCCAGGCUCUCCAGAUCAAGCCCAACACCUCCAUUGCCGAAGCCGCCCAAUUGAUGGCCGCGAAGAGGGAGGACUGUGUGCUUGUGACGGACGAUGAUGAUCGCAUCGCUGGUAUCUUCACCGCUAAGGACCUCGCGUUCCGCGUGGUCGGCGCGGGCCUGAAGGCUCGAGAAAUCACUGUGGCCGAGAUUAUGACCAAGAACCCUCUGUGCGCGAGAACGGAUACCAGUGCUACCGAUGCCCUUGACCUCAUGGUUCGGAAAGGCUUCAGACAUUUGCCGGUUAUGGACGAGAACCAGGAUAUUUCGGGUGUUCUCGAUAUCACAAAGUGCUUUUACGAUGCGAUGGAAAAGUUGGAGCGUGCAUACAGCUCAUCUCGGAAACUCUACGAUGCAUUGGAGGGUGUUCAGACCGAACUCGGCUCCAGCCAGCCCCAACAGAUCAUCCAAUAUGUGGAAGCGCUACGAAGCAAGAUGUCCGGCCCGACGCUUGAGUCCGUUUUGGAUGGCAUGCCCCCGACCACGGUCUCCGUUCGCACAACCGUCCGAGAUGCGGCGGCCCUGAUGAAGGAACACCAUACCACUGCUCUGCUCGUGCAGGACCAGGGAUCCAUCACCGGUAUCUUCACCAGUAAAGAUAUCGUGCUGCGUGUCAUUGCUCCCGGACUCGACCCCGCGACUUGCAGUGUCGUCCGUGUGAUGACCCCUCACCCCGAUUUCGCUCCCAGCGACAUGAGUAUCCAGGCUGCGCUCCGGAAGAUGCACGACGGACACUACCUGAACCUGCCCGUGAUGAACGAUGCGGGUGAGAUUGUGGGCAUGGUGGAUGUGCUCAAGCUUACAUACGCCACUCUGGAACAGAUCAACACCAUGCAGUCUCAUGAUGACGAGGGCCCGGCAUGGAACAAGUUUUGGCUGUCGAUGGACCACGAGUCCGAUUCCAUGGUCUCUGGAAGCCAGCAGCCCGCGCAGCGGUCAGUACUAAGCCCUGAGUCUCCCAAGGCUAGUUAUGACGCCCGAGACAGCGUUCUUCCGAACGAAUCCGCUUCUCACCAUGGCGGAGACGAGCACUCUGAGUACCACGUGGACCCGCACCACAACGAACACGCCCCAUUCCCCUUCAAGUUCAAGGCUCCCAGCGGCCGUGUGCACCGCGUGAACGUCGUUCCCUCUGCCGGCAUUGCUGAGCUUGUUGCUCAAGUCUCCGCCAAAUUGGGUCUUGAGGUGGAGGCUGUCGGAGGUGCCCCCAGCUGCGAUGAGGGCAAGCUCAGCAACACGGGCUACGCUCUUAGCUAUAUGGACAACGAGGGUGACACCGUGUCCAUCACCACGGACCAAGAUCUGAUAGACGCCGUCAGCCUGUCGCACAUGUCGCACCGGGACAAGGUCGAUCUCUUCGUCCACGAUCCUACGCAGCCUCCCAUUCCUGCUACUGUCGAGCCCCAACCGGCCCCAGCCCGGCCUGUCGAGGAGAAGAGCUCUGUUUCGGAAGAACAGUUCGAGGAGGAGCCCCUGGUGGCGAAUCCGCGGGCCCAGUCCUUCCAUGCGCACCAACCCGAGGAGCCGUUCAUUGCCGGUGUGCCCAACGAGUUGCUGCUUCCGGGAGCGAUCGUGACGCUGGCCGCCGUCAUUGCGGGAGUGUUCAUCCUGAGCCGGGCCACUUCCCGGUGAGCUGUGGUCGCGAUGAACGAAGCCAGCGCGUUUGUAUCUAUUUCCUUGCUCGAUGUCUCCUUCCGUGUCAUAUAUCUGUACCCCCCAGAGCGUUUCGUUUGUGGUUGAGCUUUGUGGCUCUAUUUUCCGUUUCUCAUUGGUUAAUCUCCUACCUGUGCUGGUGGUCCAGUCCUAAUCCUGCAUGCCUUUGUUCGGAUACCGUUGUGUUAGUGAAAGCGUAGGUUUGCAAUUGCAUGUAUGACUCUCAUUUGGCCAGCGCACACAUGAUGAUGGUUAUGAAUGGGGUGUAUGAUCUGGUAAUAAAGCAUGAUAGAUCAUGAUAGAUCCUUUGGAAGCCAG